GGGCAGAGGCGUACGCAACACGCCCCAAUCGUUGAAAAGGAAAAGAUCAGAAGGACCCACAGCGGAGGGCGAGCGUCUCCAGGUCGGCAUUCGAAAGACGCCGAGGUGCGGCCGCCACGAAUAAAGACAUCGAACUGAAACAACAACAACAAAAAAUCUACACCAUUACCAUUUAGUAGGAGAGGAGCGGCUUGCAGUUUGCGGACGGGCUUUGUGGUCCCGCACUCGUCUGCACUGCGUUGUGGCGGAUCGUGAGGAGGCAUCGGUCAGCUUUCCUGAAGAAGUCGUUGCUGUCCUUGCACCUCACAAAAAGCGAGAUCAUCGUUUUAUAGAGAGAUCGGAUACAUCUACAAAAAGCGUUGCAUCGUCUGGAGAACAGAUCAGUGCCGAGUUGGCUUUCACAAUCGCAGUGCUUUCAUUCUUCUUCUUGUGAGCGGAAUCCCACGCUGCUGCUAUGCCGCACUCUUCUCAAGCAUCAUCGCCCACAACGGAGAUCCGCAGCUCUGCGCCAUCGCUGGUGGACAGCCUCUACGUUGAGCGCAUCCCGACACCGACUUUCCCAACAAGCUUUCGGCCUCCCCCGCCUUUCCCUUCCCCGUUAGGCGACCCCACGCGACAACUCGAGCCCCCUGACGUCCAUCCGUACAGCAACUACCGUGCACCAAUUGAUGCCAGUAACAGCGGCGUGCUUUUAACCUCUUCCCGCGCUUCGCAAUCCACCGGAGCCGCCGCAGAGGGCGUGUGUGCGUCUUUAAGUCACAGCUUCAGCCACCCACCCCUCGGUGUGGUCCUCGACGAGGAGCAGCGCCGCUGCGUCAACACCGCCUUCCACAUCAGCUUCCACGGCAACCCACGCGUGAAGCACAAGCCCACCUGUGUCGCCCUGUCGAACGGGGCAGCCUUUCUCGUGGUGGACCGCUUUGUGAGCGGCAACAGUGACGGCGUGUACGACAAAAACAAGAAGAUUUGGGAGCAAAUCCCCCUUGGGCAGGCGCGUGUUUUUGCGCGAGCACCGCUUCUUCUUCGGCGCAGCCACAGCGCCGGGGUGGAGCAUGUGGGGAAUGGGAAUAGCAAUAAUACUAGUAUUAGUGGUGGCAAUAGCUAUGCCGGCCCUCCGGCCUUGGAGGCGACGGAGACGAAUGAGGAAGCUGCGCCUGCACCAAUCACACCUUUAUUGAGUUCGGCUCGCGUGCUUCAGUCACUCCCACGUUCCCCCGCAGUCGCAGCAUCGCCGCUGCCCACCAACUCCCCCGCAUCGCAGGCUUCCUUCACCGCCUUCAGCAGCGGUGCGGUGCAUACAAGCAGCGAAUGGGUCUGCGUGGCCGCCGCGGUGGGGUUACGCAAAAUGGGCCACUGGCGCGAAGCCACCACCGUCUACACGAUCCACAAGGAAAUCGCCAAGUCGGCCGUUGCACUGGAGAAGGUAGACGGCGAGUCGGGCCAGCUGAGCGCGUUUUCGUGGAUGGGCGAGCGUUACUGGGUGGUGGGCUGCCGCUACCAGCACAUCGUCGUGCGGCUGGAGGUGCCGGAGGCGGACUUGGCGCGUUACGCCGCGGCGACCAGCGCCUCUGCCUCGUCGUCCUCAGAGGCUUCGUCGUCCUCUGAGACGUCGACGGGGGAGGAGAUGGUGAGUAUGUCGCCGGUGCAGUCACCCACACAGCAGCAAAACAGCGGCGGAGCCGGCGGUGACGACACCGCCACCGCUACGGUGAAGAAGAGUAGUAGGCGUGCGCCGCGCGAUCACGAGCAGCGCAGCACGCACAGCAGCGGCGUGACUGCGAUCACCGCCGUCACGAGCGGCGGUCUUGCCUCGGAGUCGGGGUAUUUGGAGCUGGCGGUGCGCAUGGCACGGCUGUGGCGCCGCGUGCUAGAGUCCCUUCCUGCGUCUACAGAGAAGAAGGCAGAUGCGAAUGAGGGAGAGAAUGGAGGCGAAGGAAGUCAAGAAAGUGCAGCGGAGGCGCUACACGCCCGCAUCGCCGCCGACAGGUGCACCGUGUGCUUCAGCACCAUCCUCGCCGGUUGGGAGCGUCUGCAAGACUUCUCGGCGCUGCACCAAUUUAUGCCAGACGCGUCGAGCGCUGGCACCGCCACACCGGUGUCCUCCGCCUGCUCACCCCGCACGACACAGCCCGCCUCUUCCUCGAUGAUCUUCGCCUCACCGUCCUCGCCGACCACCAGUGCGUGGGAGGCGGAGAUCCCGCUGUGGUGCUACGCCGUCACGUGGGAUGCGCCGCUGGAUGUGCGAGGGUGGUGCAUGCCUGUGCCCCGCGCCUGCCGCUUCUUCACGCAAUUCCACCUCCCGUUUGUCCCUGCGUCGGCGGCGGUGGAAUUGGGCAGCCCGGAAUACGAAGCGAUGCGGCAAUCGGUGCUGUCCUGCUGCGAAGCAGCUGGUGCGGUGCUCUACGGCUCCAACGUGGACGUCGACGCUGACGGCGGUGACGAUGCUGGGACGGUCGUGCAGGUGUGGAAGUGCCGCUCCAACCCGCACACGCUGGAGCGCGUGGUGCAGGAGUACGUGGUGACCCAUCGCCUCUGCGGUGACCCUUUGCGGAAUAAAAUGAAGAAGAAGGUGAGCAGCUUGUCGCGUGAGACGCGGCUGUACAUCAAGCAGUGGGAGCUGCAUCGCCUGCCCUUCUUGGUGGACUUCGCGAUGUGGCUGCAUCGUGAGAAGUACAUCACGCCGUCCACUGACCUGGCGGCGCUGAAGAACAUCCGCGGCCACUGGCUGUCCUACCAAGAGAAGUUUAAAGAUGUGUUGUUGGCGCAGCUGCAACGUCAGCAGCAGCGCCUCUCCGCCCGCCCCAGCUCGCUCUCCACCCUCGACGUGUCGCGGAAAGAAGAGCGCGUGGACGAGGACGGCACAGACGACGCGGACAGCGCAGCAGCGCCGGACGCGGAAGACAGCGUGGACUCGAUCAUGCUGGUCGGUCCGCAGGGCUGCGGCAAGUCCACCAUGGCGCGCGUUCUCUACGCCCUGCUCGAAGAGGCCGGUGCGGCGCCGCGGUGGUUUAAUCAGGAUGAGGUCGGCACCCGCACGGCGUACCUCGCCGCUAUACGUCGUGCCAUCGCCUGCGGUACCUACAGUCAUCUGCUGCUGGAUAAGAUGAACCUGGACGACAAGGCACGUGCAGACUACAACGAGAUGGGCGUGAAGCCCGUGCUGGUGGUUGCCUGGACGCACGCCGGUGGCACCGAGGCGAUGGUGAACGCUUGCUACGAGCGCGUGGUGCAGCGGGGGUCGUGCCACCGCACCUUCUUCCACGCCGAGACGACCAAAUCGGGUCAAGAUCUUUCCUGCUCAACGUCGUCGCGCUCGCCGGAGCUUCGGCCGUCGGCGCCCCCAUCGAUCGAAGCAGCGUCGCCCGUCAGCGUGCAGUCACGGUCGCCUUCACUGAGUUUUCCCUGUUCAGCCGACGGUGCUGCCCGCCCGCCGCCGCCGCCGUCGUCGUCCCGCCUGCACGGCAUCUUGGAGGCGAGCGCGAGACGCUAUCAGGCCCCGUCAAACCUGCCCUACGUGGAACUGGACGUCACGUGGGACUGCCGGCGUGCCGUGGGGGUGGUGUGGGACGCGCUGCGCGAGAAGGGCACAUGCGAGCUGCCCCCGCUCGCGCAGCUCACCGUGAACGCUGCUCUGCAGAUCGCCUACGCCUACGAGCGGCUGCUGGCGGCCUACCCAACCCGUGUCACCGCGGCUGUGCUGUGCGGACCGUCGGGCGAGGCGGUGCUGCAUCUGCUCGGCGCCGGCGGCCCACUGGCUGUCCCCAAAGCACAGCGACUGCAACCGCAGGUGGAGGUGAUGUUGCACGACUUUCAUUUGCACCCGAGCCCAACCGCGCUGGUGCGGUACGCCAGUCAAAUCGGUGCGACGCGGCGGCUGACAAUACAGGCGGUGGUGUCGAACUCGAAGGUGGUGUUGCUGCUCGUUCUGGGACCGUCGGAGAGCGUCGCGGCUGCUGCAGCAUCGAUAACUGAGGAGAACUUGGAAGCUGCAACGGUCUUUCAUCAUGGUGCCGGUGGUGGUGUGCCGUGUGGGGUGUCGACGUCCACGCUAGGGACCGCUGAUGCGGCAACGGCGUCUCCCACCGUCUCUCAAGACCUCGAGGACUACCUUGAGUCGCAGACGCACCAGGAGCAGUGGGCGGUGGUGGCGAAGGCGAAGAAGGUCACCGUCGAGUACUGCGAGGCGCUGGCGCAGCGCGUGCGAGAUGACCCAGAGGAGGAUCCAUACUGCGCGGUGCGCUGGCUGUCCCCACCACUGGCGUUGGAUUUUACGGUGUCCUUUACCUUUCCCUAG